GGGAAUCUAGAAGGCUUAGAGAACACCACCGGCACAAUAGUGUAACUGCAAGUUUAAUUUUGACCUUCACUGUCCUCGAAUGUUAAAUUUCCGGUUAGUCAGCUGAAUUUUACUGAACGAGUUUGCAGCAGUUCAUCUAUUCGAAACCAGGUCGUCAUUUAAACUAGCCUUUUGAUUGUUGUAACAUUCAAAGCAUCACAAGUAUCUAUUUAAGCCCUUCAAAAUGGUCUGGAUUACCAGCGAUGAUAAGAUGGACGGACCAUCAAGCAUCCGAGCACAAAAUGCUCAGACUCAUUUGGAUCACAUGUGCGCACUGGACACUGAGUCUCCGGCUGCUUUUUACCGGCUUUCAGGUAUCAUUUGUACAAUUGGACCGGCUUCAAGAUCAGUAGAAAUGUUGGAGAAGAUGAUCGAAACUGGAAUGAACAUUGCCAGAAUGAAUUUCUCUCAUGGAUCUCAUGAAUAUCAUGCUGAAACCAUUGCCAAUGUUAGACAAGCUCAAAAAAAUUUGUCUGAACGCAAUAAAAUGAAUGUUCCUGUCGCGAUUGCUUUAGAUACAAAAGGACCGGAAAUUCGUACUGGUCUUUUGGAAGGUGGCGGUUCAGCAGAAGUUGAAUUAGUCAAAGGUCAGAAAUUCGAACUUUCUACCGACAAAGCUUAUGCAGAAAAAGGCAAUGCUGCAACAGUAUAUGUUGAUUAUGAAAAUAUUUCCAAAGUUUUAAAAGUUGGAAACCGUGUAUUUGUUGAUGAUGGCCUUAUUUCAUUAAUCGUUACUGGUGUUGAACCAACUUCAGUUAUAACAACUGUUGAAAACGGUGGAAUGCUUGGAUCUCGUAAGGGAGUUAAUCUUCCGGGAGUCCCAGUAGAUCUUCCUGCAGUGUCAGCCAAAGACAAGUCUGACUUGCAAUUUGGUGUUGAUCAAGAAGUCGAUAUGAUUUUUGCUUCAUUCAUCCGAAAUGCUGCUGCCUUAACUGAAAUUCGCAGUAUUUUAGGAGAAAAAGGAAAAAAUAUUAAGAUUAUUUCAAAAAUUGAAAAUCAACAAGGAAUGACGAAUCUUGAUGAGAUUAUUGCAGCUUCUGAUGGUAUCAUGGUUGCUCGUGGUGAUUUAGGUAUUGAAAUUCCACCAGAAAAAGUUUUCCUUGCACAGAAAUGCAUGAUUAGUCGAUGCAACAAGGUUGGAAAACCUGUCAUUUGUGCUACACAAAUGUUGGAAUCAAUGGUAAAGAAACCACGUGCUACACGUGCUGAAACUUCUGAUGUUGCCAAUGCCAUAUUGGAUGGAGCUGACUGUGUAAUGUUGUCAGGGGAAACUGCCAAAGGUGAUUAUCCUCUAGAAUGUGUCCGCACUAUGGCAAAUAUUUGUAAAGAAGCUGAGGCUGCAAUCUGGCACAAUCAACUAUUCCGUGAUUUGUCUGCUAAGGCAGUUCCACCAAUUGAUGCAACCCACGCUGUAGCCAUUGCCGCAGUAGAGGCUUCUGCCAAGUGUUUGGCUACGGCAAUCAUUGUUAUUACAACAAGUGGUCGCUCAGCGCAUCUCAUUUCCAAGUACAGACCUCGCUGUCCAAUUAUUGCUGUUACUCGUUUCCCUCAGGUCGCACGGCAGGCUCAUUUGUACCGGGGAAUUUUACCUCUUUAUUAUACUGAUCCUCAACAGCCAGACUGGUUGAAGGAUGUUGAUGUACGUGUACAAUACGGAAUGACAUUUGGAAAGAGCCGUGGAUUCUUGAAAACUGGUGAUACCGUUGUUCUUGUGACUGGAUGGCAAAAAGGCUCUGGAUUUACCAAUACACUUCGUAUAGUAACCGUUGAUUGAGCAGAAGAAGAGGAAGUGAAGUAAAACAUAAAAAGAGAACGAAAAAAAAGAAGAAAAAAGUUUUGAAGUUAUUUAAAGUUUCUAGCCUUAAAUGAAGGUAAAAUAAAUUAUUUAAUUUAAUAACAAUACAUUCUAAAGAAUGUACAAAGUGUCGCCGUUCUAUAUUAGAUUCAGUAUUAUUUAACUGUUGAAAUAAAUAGUACGAAAAUAAAUGUGCAUUGAGCUGUAAUAAACAUUGUGUAGUAUCCCAAAAUUAAUAAAUUAAUCAAACAGUUAUGGAUAA